UCGUUAACAACUGAAUUGGAUAAUCAUUUAAUAAAAUUUCUUCGAAUCAGUGAUAAUUAUUUUGGUCUGUUAAUCCUAUUCAACCAAAAGCUCGAAAAAAAAGAAUUUCUGAAUAUAAUAAAAUUAAAUACCAAUAUCUGUUUAAGAAAUUCUUUUCAUCAUAGAUAAUGGAUUUUUUCGAUGUUACUAACAGACACCAGCUUUAUUCACUUGAACUAACACUCAGCUACCUGCAGCUACAACACGAAAAUUUCAAUCACUACAACAAAGACUUGAUGAACAUAAAAAUAAAGUUUCUAACAUUACCAAUAUUUGAAAUAACCGCAAGUAAAUUGAAAUUAGAAAAAAGCCGAAACAGUUCUCUAACAAAUAGUUCUUUGAUUUUAUCAUCGAGUAUAUCUUGUCUAUUCAGUGAAAGAUCAGACUUUCUUGUACAAAAAAUGCAGACAACGACAGUAUGUAUUGGUAUAUUUUUAAAUGAUGAUAAAUAUCCAAUUGCACAAAAGAUUCUAUUACUGUCUGGUUGUCCUUGCUAUCAAAAUUUGAUAAAAAUAAACAAUCAACCAAAUUCACCAGAACCAUAUCUAUUUAUUCGCAACUAUAGCAUUAAUGAUCUUGGAAAAAAUAGAGUUGGUUUCAUUCACCUCGAAUUGAAAAUCACUUGCCUUGGUCAAUACGAAAUAACCGGUUAUCAGAUCGAAAAAUACUGUCUUGUCAUUGAAAGUGAUUGUGAUGAGGGACAAUAUAUUGUGAAACCAAGAGAGGAUGAGUAAAGAUUAAUACUAAAUAGCAGACUUACUGUUAACUUU